AUGGCCGCCGAACCGUCAGAAGAGGACAUCAACAACUUCACCGGCAUCACUGGUGUCUUCCGGGACCAGGCGAUAGGCUUCCUAAAAGUCAGUAUCUCCUUGCGACCUGCGAUGACUGCGAUCAAUGCGUAUUUCGAGAAUCCAGAUGCCCUACAACAGCAGCCUCGGAAUGACUGGGGAGGUCUUGAUAGUGCAUCUUACUCUCAGAACAACCAGUCAGUGCCGACCUUCAAUAUCGAAAACUCCGAUGACGUCCUUGGUAAAGGGUAUUCCGCGCCUCCCUCGCGCCCGCCGUCCAGAAUGAACACAAACGAGGUAUUGAGUGAUCUGAAGAAUAGUGGAAUGGGGGCGCCUAGCUCAGGCGCAGACUCCUCCGGUCAAAAACUGAGUGCGGCCCAGCUGGAAGAACGUGAGCUCGAGCAAGCAGUAGCUAUGUCGCUCGGCCAGGAUAUCACCCACCAGGAAAGCGGCGUCAUAGCGACGGACAAUUCUCACUUCGGUCCGGCUAAUCAGGAAUACUAUGAUGAGAACACAUGGGGUCUGACUCUCUUCGAUCAAAAUACGAGGGAGGAAAUAAUUAGUCCCGACCCAGAAGAUCGCCAGCGAAAGGACAAUGAACCGGCCUUUUUUCGACCUUCACAAGAUUCCCUUUUCGUCGGAGGCUUUUUGACAAUACUGCAUUCCAUUCCGAUUGCCCGCGAAGCCCUUUUGCUUAGGGACAAGACCAUUCCCGACUACGGACACGACGCGCAGUGGUGGAAUGGACAGCUCGUAAAGGCGCCGAGAAUCGUGUCCCUGGACGAUCCGUACGCGGAGUACCAGGAUUGGGAAAUUUUUAUUCACGAAACGCAACGCCUGAUGGCUUUUCUCGAUUCGACGAAACGUGCAUUCGGUAGCACUGAUGCGCUUGUGAGCCUAAAACCCAUUUCCUAUUAUGACCAAGAAAAAGGCGUGGAAAGAUUUCUAGAGGGUUGGCAAGAAGCGGCUCUGCAUGCAACUCCAGACAAUCAAUUAUCCAUGAUAUUCACUUCUCUCGCGGUGAGACGGGCGGUUUCUGAUUUCGACGAACCAAACUCGAAACAGUUUUUUGUUCUCAGCGUUCAAGCACCAAUUGAUCAUGGCCAAACGCUCUACGACGUUCUCGAUGACGCUAUUUGGCAGGAUGCGCCAGGGCAAGAGCUGGACGAUGUUUGGCUGGGCAAUGUGGCCGAGGUUCUCACAAUACAGCUAGGAAAUACUAACAAUGUGCCGAUCAAUAUUAAAAUCCCUACUGUCUUCUACCCAGACCGCUAUAUGGAGGCCUCCCGCGGCGUGAUUCAUGAGGUUCGGCUAAAGAUACUAGAGGUUCAAGAAAGAAUCGCUGAAAUCGAGGACGUGGCGGCGCUCUACAGAGGUUCCAAACCGGGUAGUCGAACUGGAAUGACGAAUGAAGAGUUAUUGGAAAAAGCAGCCCGAGCGGCGACUAUUGCAUUGCCGAGAUACAUACCUGAAGGAACUGCCCAAAUAGACAGCGCCGAGCUUGCUAAUAACGGGGAACGAGUGGCAAAGCAGCUGCGUGAGAUAGCAGCCAGCCUUGGAGAAAAACUCAAGAAACUCGAAGCCCAAAAGCAAGAAGCUCGUGAUAGUACUCGAAACUUCUCGAAGACAAUGACAGAGCCCUCGGCGUCUCCUGACGAGCCGCCACACUUCCCCUAUACUCUACGGGGCGUUUGCACAGCGCCUCAUGUGACAUACGUAUUGAGGCGGAACAGUCGCGGCGGGUCUGAGGACCUGAUUGAAAUGGAGGACACAAACGAAGACGAAUGGCAAUGGUGGCGGAUUAGCUUCUCAACAGAAGAUGCUAAAACGCAACAAGCUGCCAAGGCGGAGAACAGUGAAAGGAAAAAUGCCGCGCCUAAAAAUGCAGAUAUCAUCGGCUUCACGACAACCAAAGUGCGAGAAAUCGAAGUCCUGAAGGCCGCGCGGGACUCUAGUAACGUGCUGCUGGUCUAUGCAAAUCCUAAUUCCAUUUCCUUUCAAAGUGACAUCGCACCUCCGGCCCUCCAGGAGUUUGUGAAUGCCGAUAAUAUCAGCUUCAAAGCUGAGCUUGACGCGGCUAAUCGUGUGUACCACGAUGAGGAAAUAGGAGAACCUGGCGACAGCGUUUACGAAGGGUGGCCGGAUGUGAAUGAGACACUGGCUCCAAACAGAAGUGAUGCUUCCAAUGUGAACGUUUUUGACUACGAAGUCAACUCGUUUGACGAUGGCCCCUCGAGUCGAGACCAGGAGAUGCAGGAAUCCAACUUCGGAGCUUCCUCCAACUCUACUCCCUCGACAACACUUGACGCAAUCAAUAUACAACCGAUGAACAUGUCGCUCGAGAACACUGCAAUUGCGUCGGCCACUGUCGAGCUGCUCGAAGGCCGUCUCCGGCGACUCGAGUACCUAUUGAAUGGCGACUCGCGGUGGUCUGGACAGCCAACUCCCGCUUCGAGACCUGAAUCUUUGGACGACACUGCUGCCCGCCGUCUCGCUCGCUUGGAAGCAGACCUGAACGCGCUGAGUAAAUCAAAGCCCGCUGUUCGCGAUGUUCUUCAGCUUUACACGCGAUUCCCCGACCUAUUCAACGAUGCACCCCCCGAGAGCAUCCCCGCGGACCUGAGCACUCAGAACCUUGCUUCGAUUGUUCUAUCCUACGCCUCGGCAUUCCCCGAAACCUCGUCGCGUUUAACAUCUCUAAACGACCUUCCCGUGCCCGACGCAAAGGCCUCCAUUGCCCUAAUCGAGCUCCAGCCGCGUCUGCAGAGGAUGCUACGAAUCCAAGAACAACAAGCCCAAGCGGUCUCGGAACUUCGCGCACGGAGCGCUGGUCUGCUGCGGCGCUGGUAUGAAUUGGGGCUGCUCGGCAGCAGCGAGUGCUGGGCAGGGUGGGAAUCUCGUCUCCAGGACGUGGAGCAUGAAGUCAAGCGUCAGGAAGUUUUACGAGAUCGGAGAAUGAAUGAGAUUUGA